AUCCAGUAUGCUGUAAAUUUUGCAAGACUUUUUUCCAUGUUUUUAAGAUUGGUUUUGGCCAUCCUCAUAUAUUUUCUGUGCGAGACAUCAACGCGACACUUGGGCUCUUGCCCUCCGGACGCACGUGAUCUGGCGUUAUUCGGUGGGUGUUAGGGUUCAAUGUUAGGGCUUAAAACAGGGUGAGCGGUCAUUUUCACAGCAGAGCUUCUCUGUUUGUCACGGCGUCCUGACGAGCCACAAUAAAUGAUAUGCAAAUGAUGUUUUUUAUUCUAGUUUUUAGGUUUUAGAUUUUUCCCUCUGUAUAUAAUGCUUUAGAUUCUAGAUUUUACCUGUUCGUCUUUUAUUUUGGGGAAUCUUUUAUAUAGGGUUAACCUCUAGAUAUCCUCUAGAUAUCCCCUUUCGAGAGAUAUUUGGUAACUUUAGUUUUUAUCUCUUGAAUAAAGUAUUGUAUUGUAGUGUAAUCAGGGGCGGAUCUAGGGGGAGGGUGCAGAGGGUGCGCACCCCCUCCCCCCCUGAGUUGACCUGCGGUUUUCUAAUACAACUGGUAUUCUGCAACAAAAAAAACUAUGUGGUUUAUUGGUGUUGAAGUAGAGCAAGAGACGAGUGCACCCCCCCCUAAAAAAUCCUGGAUCCGCCUCUGGUAAUAAUGGCGAAACAGCUGUCGACAGCUACAACCCCGCUCUGUUUUGGAUUCUCUCGGUGUCGUGUUCAUGUCUUGCAAAGUUAAUUUGCACGUAAUACGAUCAGCAUUGCAGAAUUCAAUGUGUCUCUUUGGUAUAUUUUUGCUGAUCAGGUCUUCUUUAGAUCCUACGUUUUGUGGCAUAUUCGUUUGCGGUCCUUUGCAUUUAAUGUUCCCAUAGUAGUAUUGCUUGUAGUAAAUGAGACAUUUGACAUUAACUUACAUGUAAAGGACGGACAGACAUACGGACGGUCAAGUGAUUACCAAAAUUUCGGUCAGUAGUUCAUGUAUGACAUUGGUCAGUAUUUCUCACAUUUAUGGGAUACUAUUUUUCUUACCCAUGGUGCUCCACUGAGCGGGCUUUGCGCGCGCAGGAGCUCCGCUAUGAAGGCACUCGAAUGGCAGCUUUCAACCCACGCACAAAGCGAGAAUAGAAAACAACUAAUAAGGGACUAUCUGUAGAACUGGGAAGGUGGAAUGUCCAGACAAUGUUGAUGGCUUUUCACCGACGCGAGAAAUAUCUCCGUCACAACGACGAGGUCAAGAGACUCAAAUUUACAUAGCUGCCCUUAACACUGCUAGCUUACGCUGGCACACUGAACGGGGAAUACUACAUUGAUCUACUGACAGGGGAAGAGCACUGAUGAGUGGCGAGAGAAUAGGAUAGGCUUUGUAGUGAGAAACAGAGUGUUGAGUAUGUUUCAACCAAGGAGCAAGGGUUCAGAGCAAUACCUGGUUCCCCUCCUGAACACAGCUGAACGCCCAGUCACCAGUGCCAGCGUCUAUGCGUCAUAAAGGUCGGCCACGUUAGAUGGCAAGAAUGAGUUCUACGAGAACCGCGCACCAUCAUCAAGAGUAUCCCGAGCAAGGAACAGAUUGUUCUACUGGCUGAUUUCAACGCCAGAGUGGGUGCAUAUCACGACUUUUUUAGCCCUCCUGGCUUGGCCAGUUUAGUACAGGAAAAAAGAACGAUAACGGUGAGCGGAUGCUUGAGUUGUGCACCUACC